AUGUUUAGCUGGUGGGGAACAAGCGAAAAAGCAGAAAACGAGGGCAAAGAGGUAGAGAAUAACGGUGAAAAAUCGCCCGAGGGUAACUCGGAGGUGACAGGCGAAAAGGUCGAGGAAAAAGAUGCCACAGAAACCGCAAAAGAUCUAGCAAAGAAUUUUGGAA